UACAGCUCUCUUUCUCCCUCUCUUUGAACAGCUGAUCGGAAUCGGCGAAGUUUAACUAAAACAUCUCGUUGUUGUUUUGUAUUAUAGUUGAAUAUAUUUAAUAAAAUUAUAAAUUAAAUAUGUUGUCGUCAAAGGUGCACUUUUUGCGAUAUGUGAGAACAGCAAAUUUGGUGAAUGUGCAUAACAAGUUUACUCCGGAAGUCGCAACUACAACUAUCAACAGCACACAACGGAGAAAUUAUAAUGUCGCCAGCCGUACGAAUACAACAAAACAUCAACUUUUAUUACCAUCGUCAAUAAAUGGGCUUUCCUUGUUACCUGGUGGUAUACGAUUUGCAAGCGCCGAUGCAGCAGCAACAAAUGUAGCAGAUGCAUCUAAAACAGUAGUAGAUCUUUCUACUAUACCCGAAGCACCCGCCGCACCUGUUGAAGAGGUAGUAACACAAGUACUCAAUGCCGCUGGUGAACCUACAUUUGCAUCCAUUGGUCUGGGUGGAUGGACACCAGUGGGUUUUGUACAAAAUUGCAUGGAGUAUCUGCAUAUCGGCUGUGAUUUGCCAUGGUGGGGAGCUAUCGCAAUCGGAACUGUAGUAGUACGUACAAUUAUUUUCCCACUUGUGAUAAUGGCACAAAGGAAUGCAGCGAAAUUGAACAAUUAUAUGCCUCAAAUGCAAGUAUUACAAAUGAAGAUGACCGAGGCACGACAGAGUGGAAAUGCCAUUGAUUCGGCGCGUUACGCACAGGAAAUGAUGUUAUUUAUGAGGGAGAAACAAAUUAACCCUUUGAAGAAUAUGAUUGUACCACUUGCACAAGCGCCACUCUUCAUUUCAUUCUUCAUGGGUCUACGUGCUAUGGCAAAUACCCCAGUGGAGUCAAUGCGUGAAGGCGGUUUGCUCUGGUUUACCGAUCUGACUGUGGCCGAUCCAACUUUCAUGUUGCCAUUACUUACCAGUGCUACACUCUAUUUGACAAUCGAAAUUGGUACGGACAGUGCACGUUUAUCGGCGCAAAAUAUGCAAAUGAUGAAAUAUGUUCUUCGAGCAUUACCGUUAGCUAUUUUCCCAUUUACCAUGAACUUCCCAGCGGCAAUUCUCACCUAUUGGGCUUGCAGUAAUUUCAUUUCUUUGGGACAGGUGGCCAUGUUGAGAAUACCCGCAGUGCGUGAUUACUUUAAAAUUGACAAAAUGGUAAUUCAUAAACCGGACAAUCUUCCCAUCAAAAAGAAAGGAUUCGUUAAAGGCAUGAAAGAAUCGUGGGAAAAUAUGAAGAUUACCAAAGAGCUUGAAGAACGUCAACGAUUAGAUGAAAUUCGUUUUGCCAAAGCAGGCAAGGGUCCAUUAGUCAAGACAUUCAAAUACGAUCCAACGAAACCACGACCCUCAACCGGAAGUACAAGUACGAGUACGUCCCCUGUCCAAGCUAAAAAGUCUUAAAAUAAAGUGUUGUUAGCUGUUAUUGUCUAGUUUUAUUAACUACACGCUUAAAAUUGUAAAAUAUAACAAAAAAUUAAACGAAAAUAA